UUUGUUUUUUUUUAACAUAGGGGGCGGGAAAGACGGCGAGUGAGAGGGGGAGAGUGAAGAUGGAGUCGGAGAAAGUGGUGGUGGACGAGCUGCCGCUAGCUAUCGUGCGCCGUGUGGUGAAGGAGAAGCUGUCGGAGUGUUCGCCGGAUUAUGACGUCAGUAUUCACAAGGAAGCGUUGCUCGCAUUCUCCGAGAGCGCGAGGAUCUUCAUCCACUACCUUUCCUCCACGGCAAAUGAUUUUUGUAAAGAUGCAAGGAGACAAACGAUGAAGGCUGAUGAUGUGUUUAAGGCAUUAGAUGAAAUGGAUUUUUCAGAGUUCUUGGAGCCGCUUAAAGCUUCCCUUGAAGAUUUUAAGAAGAAGAACGCGGGGAAAAGAGCAGGUGGUGGAGCAGCUGAUUCCAAGCCUGCUGGUGGAGCUGCUACGAAGCCCACAGAGACGAAAAAGAGGAAACAGGAAGGUCCAUCAACGCAGAAGAAUGCAAGGAAAAGCAAAAGAGAUGAUGGAGGUAACAAGAUUGAUGAGGAGAAUGAGAAUGACAACACAGAAGAAGAGAAUGGAAACGAUGAGGAGAACGAGAAUGAUGAUGAAAAUACCGAAGAAAAUGGGAAUGAUGAGGAGAGCGAGAAGGAGGAUGAGGAUGAGGAGAAUGAGAAGGAGGAUGAGGGAAACAGCAUGGAAGAUAAUGGGAAUGAGAACGACGAGAGCGGCGAUGAGGACAAUAGCAUGGAAGAAAUUGGGAGUGAGAAUGGUGAAGAUAAUGACCACAACAACAGCAGCAACAGUAGCGGUGAAGAGGUAGAGGGUGAUGACGAAGAUGAUUGAGCUCAAGGUUCCUUCAUAUAUGUUUGCAUUGAAAAUGUUUUCAAGUUUAUGUUGGAUUACGUUGUAAGCUUGAAGCAGUGUUUGUGGCCAUGAGAAUGUCAUAGACUCAUAUAAAAUUGUUUUGCUGCUCUAGUGUUAACAGGUUAACAGACAUGUAAGUGAAAGUUUUAUAAAAGAGUGAAGAACCAAUUUUUGCUUAA